AUGGACGAUUAAUUUGAGAGACCAUACGUUGAAAAAUAUAGACCAGAGACUCUGGAAGAUGUAGUUGGUAAUUUUAUUAUAUUAAAAUCAUUCUUUAGGCAACAAGUUUGCAAUAGACUAACUUAAAGCAAUUGUGAAGUUUGGAAAUAUGCCGAAUCUCAUUUUAGUUGUAAAUUUUAAGUAAGAUUGACAAUAAUUUAGGGUCCUCCAGGUACUGGUAAGACUUCAUCUGUGAUGUGUAUGGCUAGAUAAAUGCUUAAAGAUUGUGUUAAAACUGCAGUAUUGGAGUUAAAUGCUUCUGAUGAUAGAGGAAUCGAUGUUGUGAGAGAUAAGAUUAAGGGGUUUGCACAUCAAAAAGUUACAGUACCAACAGGAAUGCACAAACUUAUCAUCCUAGAUGAGGGAGAUGCCAUGACUGAAAGCGCACAGCAAGCCUUGAGAAUGAUUAUGACCGAAUAUUCCAGCACAACCAGAUUCGCUAUAGCUUGUAAUGAUAGCGCUAAGAUUAUAGAGCCAAUUCAGUCAAGAUGUGCUAUUGUUAGAUUUACAAAGCUGAGUGAUGAAGAAGUAGUAGAGAGAUUGUAAGUAGUAAUGGAAAGAGAGAAUAUUGAGCACACUAAUGAUGGAAUUGAGGCUUUGGUUUUCACUGCAGAUGGAGAUAUGAGAUAUGCAUUGAAUAACUUACAAGCCACCUUUGCAGGUUUCAGCAUGGUUAAUAAAGAAAAUGUAUUUAAAGUUUGUGAUCAACCUCAUCCUGAAUUAAUGGGGAAUGUUCUAAAGGCAUGUCUCACAGCUAAAUUCUCAGAAGCUUGUGCAUUGAUAGACACAGUAUUCACCCAGGGGUACAACUUGAUUGAUAUAAUAAACACUCUAACCAAGAUCAUGCAGACAAUGUCAGAGAUUAAAUCAGAAGAGAUGAGACUGAAUUACCUCAGAGAGGCCUCUAUUAUCAAAAUGAAAACCCUUGAAGGAAACAAUUCUCAGCUUUAACUCCACGGAUUCCUAGCUAAUUUAUGUUAACUAUCAGUGCAACCUAAUAAAGUUAAGUGA